AUGGUGGCAAAGGAACUCCAAGAUGGGUGCGUUUGGAAAGGUGUGGCUCAUUGUCAUGGCCACGUUGUGCUUCACCGUGAUCUCAAACCGCAUAACCUUUUGCUGGAUAAGGAGAAAGGGAUUUUAAUGAUUGCUGAUUUGGGUCUUGGUCGUGCUUUCAUUGUCCCUUUGAAGUCUUAUACUCAUGAUAUUGUUACUUUAUCGUAUAGUGCUCAUGAGGUUCUUCUUGGAGAGACUUAUUACUCCACUGGUGUUGACAUGUGGUCUGUUGGAUGCAUCUUUGGCAUCUCGGACCUAUGGAAGAGUUAUUUACGUUAUUGGUUAUUCUUACAUGCAGCUGAGAUGAUUUGGAGGCAAGUUCUUUUCCAUGGUGACUCUGAGUUUCAACAGUUGCUUCGUAUCUUCAGGUUUCAGUUACUGGGGAUGCAUCGACACAUGGAACACUGA